AUGGAAGCAACUUCUCUACGUUCCCUUGUACUCUCACCAUCUCCCUAUGUUGGCAACUCACUUUUAUUGCACAAGAGGAUGGGGUUCAUCAACUUCAAGUCCAGCCAAUUGAUCAAUAGGCCUCAUCCCAAAGCCAAUAUCGUUCAUGCAUCAAAUAAAAGAGAUGCAUACGGUCGUGAUUAUGAUGGCAAGGUGGUCGAUGAAAAUAUGAUCAUUCUCAGAAUGAGAAUUCAUGAGAUGAAGAUGGAGGAGACUCAUCAGGAGCCACCUUCUCAUUGGAUGGAAUGGGAGAAACAAUAUUUUGCUAAUUAUUAUUCGGAUGUUUGUGAAGCAAUGGGGUUUUUGCAGUCCCAACUGAUGAAUGCUAGGCCUAGCUUGGCUUUGGGAGUGGUGGCUCUUGUUAUGCUGAGCGUACCAAGUUCAAUGGUGUUCAUUAUGUUUCAUUUGGUGGAGAUAGCUAAGGUUGUAUUAGCUGGGAGUCCUUAG